CCGGGUUUCUUGAGCGUCACUACACGGCCGUUGGUGAUGACGAUGUAAAGAUAGACUAUGACAUCAUUUUUAAUGACACAACGCACAAGCAGCGCACCUUGGCGGACCAUAGCAUCUGCGGUAUGAUGGACAACCUGCACGACUACAGCACGGGUUUUCUGGCGCAGAAGAAUUUCCACGCAGGCGUAUGCUACAUCGGAAGACUUAACGCCAUCGUGGAUAGCACUUACGAGAAUGCGCGCGCAGACGUCGCCGCUAUGACGGAGGGUAUGACCGCCCCCAUGCCAGAAUACAUCGACAUGGGGUACGACAGCCGUCCUAUCGGACCUCUAGUACUUAAGGAUGUCGCCGGUGAUGACGUUGCUGAGUUCUGUAAGGACAUGCCCAGCUACUGGCUCUUCCCUUUACCCGAGGACCAACGACCAGAAGCGAUUGGAGUUCGAACCAAGAGAGAAGUCAAUUGUAAUGUGGCGAAUUCGUGCAACCGUCACGGGAGAAAAGCAGCCGCUCCCGUGUACUCUAAUGGGACACGCUCGGGGAGGAAUGCAAGGACACAGGAACUCGAACUCAGCCAGUACCCAACUGGGUUUCUGGCGCAGAAGAAUCGCUUCGCGGACAUAUGCUACAUCAAAAGACUCGACCCGAUCUUGGAUAGCACGUACGAGAAUGCGCGCGCAGACGUCGCCGCUAUGACGGAGGGUAUGACCGCCCCCAUGCCAGAAUACAUCGACAUGGGGUACGACAGCCGUCCUAUCGGACCUCUAGUACUUAAGGAUGUCGCCGGUGAUGACAUUGCUGAGUUCUGUAAGGACAUGCCCAGCUACUGGCUCUUCCCUGUACCCGAGGACCAACGACCAGAAGCGACGGGCGUUAGAACCAAGAGAAAUCCGAAGGACGUAACCAUCAAUUGUAAUAAGGCGAAUGCAUGCAACCGGCACGGAUCAAGGGCUUACUUUGGCUUUUACUAAUGAGGGCAGGCUCAAGGUCAUGGAAACUCCAACUCAAGGCCAUGACCCCGACGUCACAUGUCAUCUAACGGACAUUGUUAACUGUCGCCGCCAUGUUGAUUUAAUGUUUCACGUGCUCAGGCGAUCACGUGAUAGAGUGAGACCGAAUUUCUAAUUCUGGUUCGUGAUCGAAUCGUAGUAGAUUAGCAUAUAGUUGCGAAUGACGUCACUCACGGAUUACCGUGACGUCAGCUAAUCAGCGUUGCACGCAUUGAUAUUUGAUUGCGCCACUAAUUGCUGUUUAUUAUUGCGUCACAGCAUAAUUAACGUGAAUACGGGAUGGUGCCUGGUUUAACACUGGAAUGCUGUUGUUAGAAGGAUGCUAUGAU